CUCCUCGAUAUAGUGAAACUAACUCUCUCUCGCCCGUGGACGUUGCUAACACACAUCGUGUUAGUGAACCAAGUAAAUCGUGUGUUUGUGUUUUUCGAUUCUUGCUUUCGUAUUCUUGCUUUGUCGAUUCCGGCGAUUUCCCGAUUCGUAGCAGCGCGUUUAUAACAAUAGUGAUCCGAAUUAAACGACGUGGUUGAACACACACAUCAAGUUGUCAAUCACACACGAUUAUUUGCCAAACCUGUCGGCUGCCAUGCAUGAUUAAUAUAACGUCGUAGUCAUUAACAAGAGAUCAGUUCAAGACCAGAAGCUAAUUAUAGUCCUCCCAACAACUAAGCAGUUUUUGAUAAUGAUGCCUAGCUAACCAUAAUCCCAUCUCCUCAAAUUUGAGAGGUCAUAAAAUGGCGACUGUUCUGUAACAGUAACAAUUUCGUCGAGUGGAGGAUUUCAUUAUUGUAUCUCAAUGUCGGCAGAUAUAGGUCAAAGCUGAUCCUUCAUCUCCAAGUUUUUUGGAUUUUUGUUAGUUACUAUAGUCAGCUGAUGGAUCUAGUCAAUUGUCGGCUCUCGGCCGUCCUCUAGGUAAACAGUAAAAGUCUUAUGAGUUCAUGGGGUUUUGUUUCAGUUUCACCCUCCCUAACAAUCCACCAUAUCAUAAGCAACAAAUUUGCAUAACCUAAUCUUGUUCGUGGUAAAAUGUUUUAGGGCUUGGUUCGCGAGACGUUUAUCAUCAGUCCGUAGAAGAUUUCAGACCAGAUUGAGCACAUUACAAGCAAAAUUAUCACUGAAAUCUACCAUCGACUGAAGAUACAAGGGGUUGAAGUUCUUUCUCCUGUCCAUAAGCUCCUAAUAAAAAUGAGUUUUCUACACGAUUAUUGCGAUGCACAUAGAAUUAAUUUGUGACGUUAACAAUGAUUCCUUUGUGAACAUGAUAUAUAAAUAUAAUCAGUAGCUCUAUGUUUUUAUAUUAUAACAACUAGAUCGUCAAAACACAAACUAGAUAAACAAGGGGUCGUCAGUGCCCUGCACGGAUCUCCUCUACCUCCCAAAAGAGAUCAAUGUAACACGAGCGAGCUUAAAAAUUCUUACUCCUAAUUUUAACCACAUGUGGCAUUGUCAUGAAAUUGAUGGUUGUGUGGCCUUGCCAUGCAUGCAAUAAGUGCAUUGUGUGCCCCUAACCUAGCUAACUACCCACCUCCCUCAUCACAUAAGUAGAAAUGGUGCCAUCUUAAAAAUGUCACACCUUUGAAAGUAUAAUCUUCACACGAUUAUAAGUUCCCUACAUCCAUCAUAUUAUUUGUUGUCAUUGUGGAAACAUGGAAUUUGUGCAUAUAAAUUGACAGGAACUGUUUCUUUAUGUUUUCCUUCUUCUUAUUUCUAGCUCUUAUAAAAUACUUAAGGACCUAUGGAUUGUGAGAUGGACAUGACAUGAGAGAGUUGAAGUUCAAACAUGGACCCUGAUGCAGCCUUGGAAAAUCCAUACAAAAAUUGGGCCAAUAUAGAAACGGGCCGGGGGUUUCUAUUGCAGUUAUGCUGCUAGGCGCUAGCCCAUCCACAAAAGAGAGGCUCGAAAAUGGGCUUGGGUUGGGUCCAUUCAAGUUCCACAAUCAGGAAUUUGGUUCAUUUUCUUAUUCCUUAUCUUGUGCGGACUGCCUCAGUCACUCCAAACCCCACCUUCCACAGUUCCACUCCAAUAGAGAUGACAAUUUUAACCUGAUUCGUUUUAUCCGAUAUGUUUGGCCUGUUUUGAGGCGGGUCCGACAUACCCCGUAAACGGGGCGGGGCGGGCAUAGGUACUCUCAUCGACCCGACCUGCCUUGACUCGUCCCAUUCUCGACUCGUUCUUGCCUAAAUUACAUGUAAUCUUAGUUCAAUUACUUAGAAUUUUUCAUUAAUUACAUGAUGAUUUAGCUAUAAUAAAGUUAUAAAUUAGUGAAAAUCUCAAUUUCUGUAAUAAUUUAACUACAAUUAUCAUAAUAUUGUUUGUUUUCGUGGUCUUAUAAUAAAAAUAACGAAUAUUUCUAAUAUUUUUCAUGUAAAUUGCAUACCCAUUGGGUCGGCCUGCCCCGACCUGCGACCCAUAAUAAAUUACCCGACCUAAACUUGAGCUGCCACGAGGCGGGUCUGGGUCCAAAAAAACCCGCCCCAGACCUGCCCAUUUCCAUUCCUACAUUCCAACAUACAAAGAAAUCUUCCAUCAUCAUGACAAAAUGUGAUUAAUUAAGCAUAAAUUACGAAUGCCCAAAUCCCAAUUGUACUCCAUAAGGUUGUUAGUCUAGUGGUUGAGCCUUAAUUUAAUAAAAUAUUUAUUUACAUGGAUGAUUGUUUGCACCAAGUUUGAUAAACAACAAUUAACCAAAAACUAAUUGCAAUUAAGAACUCCCAACAUCCCACGGCAACCCAUUAAAACACAUUGAUGGCGUGAAUGACAAUUAUACACACGCAAAUUGCAAACAUGUUGUUGGCGCCUGCAUAUCCUGGAACUGAUCAGUCCCAAGCAGCACGAAUUAGAAGUUAAUUAUGGAUCUUAUAAUUACUAAAAUUCUCACCAUAUCAAUUAAAUUGUGAAUAGAUACCAAAAUAAUUAAAUAGUGAAUUGUUAAUACAUCUCAAUAGUAAUUCAUGUAAAUAUAAUAAAUUCUCUGUUUUUUUUUCUUCUUCUAUUGUUUCACAAAGUCGUCGCUUUCCAAGAAAUUAGGAAGCUGUUUCUGCAAGCAGAGGAAUUUCAGCCAUCUUCUUUCAUUGUCCAGUUGGUCCCAAAACGGCACGACGGCGGCAGCCGAUGCUUCUUGUUGCCGCUGCCAGUCUCUGUCGAAGAAGACGAUGGGUAAUGGGGAAAGAAUCAAAUGGGAACAUGCCGUCUUAAAAAUUAUCAACUUACAGCUUUUGUUUUGAUAAUGGCACCUACAAGUUCGAGGUUUCUUUUAAAUGUCAUUAAGCGAAUAAUAAUUAGUUAAUUACAAAGAUUGCUUCAAACAUAAACAUAAACAUAAUGAUCCAAUAUCACAGGCAAUAAAAGUAUACAUGGGCAAAGCUAAGUGGCCUAUAACAACAAAGAAUAAAAUAAUAAUAAUUUAUCAUAAAAUUUACCGGCCAAAUAAAUUCACUACCUUAUCAAAUUUGUCGUCAGAUAUGCAAUCUACCUAAUCUCAUAAUAUGUAUUCAUCCCUUUCCAGCUCUUCAUUUUUCAUUUUUGUAAUAGUUAAACCGUAACACAUUAGACCAAAACUACUUCACGAAUACUUGAUAAAUCCAUAAAAGCAUAUUUUUCAGAUUUACAACCAUGCAUAAAGCCAAAAAAUGUAUGUUAAAAUGAUGUAUCGUAAAAAUGAAACGUCGAGAACACGUCAUACAAACCCUCACACAUUAUCACAUAAUCCACCCAUAUAAUGGUUCCAACCCAAAUACAUUGGAUCUCAUGUCAUUUUUUGGAUGACAUAAUCGAAUUAAAUAGUUUUGUCGUCUAAGAUUCACAUAGUCACAUCAAAACAAGGUAAAUAUUUCCAAAACACCAACAACAAUGAACUAAGCUCCUUUUCCCAACUAAAAACCAACCCCAAAACCACCUUCUUCUUCUUCUCCACCUCCAUCUCUAUAUUAACUCCCAAUUUUUCUCCCCAUUCCCACCUCUCUCUCUUGUCCUUUUCCUCCUCCCAUCUCCCCAAAACACAAGCUCAAACACCAUUCUCCACUUUCUCCAUUCUGCCAAUGGCGAGCAACACUCGAAGAAGCAAAAUUUGUCCCUACUAAGAGUCUUCUCCUAUUGUUUAAGUCUUUAAGAAGAAGAUUUUGUGGCCUUGAACAGCCUACUAAACAUCAGAACACAAUGGCUACCCUGAAUCCUAAAAUUCCUCUGUUUUUCACCUUUCUUCUAAUCCAAGUAACCUCCCCUGUUUCUUCUUCUUCUUCUUCCCCUGCAUCAUCUAAAUGCUCAACCCACACCUUCUCCCAAAACAGAGUCUUCCCUUCAUGCGUCGACCUCCCGUACCUCGACUCAUUCCUCCACUGGGACUACGACCAAUCCACCGGCGUCCUCCAAAUCGCCUACCGCCACGCCGGAAUCAGCUCCCCUGCCUCCACGUGGGUCGCCUGGGCAAUCAACCCUUCCGCCCCUGCCAUGAUCGGUUCGCAAGCUCUCGUCGCCUACCAUCGCGAUGGCCAGCUCACCGCCUACACUUCCCCGGUCAACGACUACUCCACGUCGCUGAUCGAGGCGAAGCUCAGCGUCGAUGUCAGGGACGUUACAGCGGAGUAUUUUGCAGGGGAGCAAGAGAUCGUCAUCUUUGCUUACAUUCGGCUGAAGGAGAACACCACGAGCCUGAACCAUGUCUGGCAGGACGGUCCGGUGGACGGAGGUAAGCCGAUUCAGCACUCGACGAGUGGGGGUAAUGUGAGAGCGGCGGCGACUCUCAAUCUGCUGUCCGGACAAUCUGCGGGCGGUGGCGGUGGUGAUGAUCGGAUGAGGAAGAGAAAUAUCCAUGGGGUGAUAAAUGUAGUGAGUUGGGGAAUUAUGAUGCCAAUCGGAGCUUUGACAGCAAGGUACCUCAAAGUCUUCAGCUCAACUGGCCCUGCUUGGUUUUACCUUCAUCUUAGUUGCCAGUCCAUGGCUUAUAUCAUCGGAAUCGCCGGCUGGAUCACCGGAUUGCAACUCGGUAGCCAGUCUCCGAGCAUCGUCUACAGUACACAUCGAACGAUUGGGAUCGGUCUCUUCUGCCUUGGAACCCUUCAGGUGUUUGCUUUGUUUCUAAGGCCAAAACCAGAUCACAAGUACAGAUUCUACUGGAACAUAUACCACCACACAAUUGGGUAUGCUGUCAUUACUCUGACUGUCAUCAACAUAUUCAAAGGGUUUGAAAUCCUGCAGCCUGACAAGAAAUGGAAGAACGCUUAUAUUGGUGUGAUCGUCGCGCUGGGAUUCAGCGCCGUGUGGCUGGAAGCUUCAACCUGGUACAUCACCGUGAAGAGGAGGUGGUCAGAGAGAGAUAAUGGGGACAAGCAGGAACCUCAGAGGAGUAACAAUGGAGCUUAGGAACAUCAGAUAUUGUUUUGUUCAGAUUGUUGACCUCCCAUCCCUUAUUCUUCUUUUUACAGUCUCAUUCAAAUUGUAACGUUUGUUUGUUAACUUAUUGCCAAUGUUUAUUUAUAGGGAAGGGCACUUUGAUUUUUCAUGUAGAGGAAGUUUCCAUGUUGUACCUGGUGCAGGAUAUUGGUUUGCUUCCAAAUGUAUCUGCUUCUUUCUAUACAGCUAAUAAUACCCACUGCUUCUUCCUCACCAUUUCCAUGUCAUAAUCAUGAACUAUAGCUCAUAUUUAAGCCGAAUCUCCAUUGGAUUACAUACCAAUUUGGUUAUCGAACACGUCCAUACGUGUUUACAUCAGGUACUGAAAUUGAGUUCGAAUAACACUAGAGUUGAGAG